AUGCGAAAUCUCAGUUUGUGCAUUUCAAACGUACCCGUGGUGCCGACAAUCGUGAACAUCGACGACGACUUGCUAGUGCCGUCAUCCCCUCCGCGACGCCUGAGCCGGAGUAGCAUCGAUCUGCGCGAUCUGGAGUACAAGAACGAAGCGGCCAAGAUCAAGGCUUCCGAUUCGGUCAGUUCGAUCUUUCCGCUGAACUUUGAGAACAAUCUGCGCUACUCGGGCAGUGAACCGAUCCAGGUGAAGGAGAACCAACAGCGGCGACCGUCGCGGAAAGAGAGCUUCAAACAGAUCAACUUCUUCCAGCCGUUUUUCUCGAGAAACAGUUUGCUCAAGUCCUAUAUCAAGAGUGGCGGUACGGCCGGUAGCAAUUUGAACAAUAGCAAUAAUCGGGACGGUUUGGGUAGUAAUAAUAAUCGGACAGCUUCGGAGAAGAAGUUGAACAAUAAAAACAUUGACAAUCGUUCCAAUAACAAUAUUAUCGACCUUAUCAACGUGACAUCUUCCCUGAACAAGUCGAUCGGAAUGGUUGAUAGGGAGGUUAAUACGCACAAAAGGCACCAGAUGGCAGCUAGCGAGUCGGAUUUUUUGACAAUGAUCCAAAAGCAAAGGUCCUUCCGGUUAGGAGUAUCGAAAAAUAAUGCCAGUCUGAAAAAGAGCAGUAACAAGGAAGGACAUAGGGAUAAUCAAUUAAUGUGUGCACUGAGCGAUUCGGACUUUACUGCUGUCUUCCAGGGGGAUGAGGCCAUUAUGAAGUGCAUAAAGAAUUUGAAGGCAUGUGCGGAGCAAAGGGAUGGUAUAUUUAAAAUUGUUUUGAAUGGAGACGGUGGUGGAAAUGUUUCCACCCCAACAACUGCCAUCACUGAAACUCCGGACAUUCUGAUUGGCUGCUUCGAUCAUGGGUUCAACGGAACGGCGCCCAAGGUGGAAGGUGGUCGAGCCGAGGAAAAUUCGUUCGUUAAAUCAUCCAAUAUCAAAGUUGUGAAUAGUAGUAGUAGCACAGUGAAUCAAACUAGCACAGUAAAUGAAUGUAAUUUAAGCCACGACGAUGGCAAUUAUGUGAUAGAUUUAAUAUCGGCCCUUUCGUCGGCUGGUUCUCCCCCUCACUCGGCCGGACUGCUACCAGAAGCGAUUGUCCGUGAAAAUGAUCGACUUAAAUCUAUCGAUAAGUCUGACAGCAAGAUAGUUAAUCUAAAACCAGUGACACUUUUACCGGACACUGGAAGCCCCAUAAAUGUCCUAAGUGAAGCCUCUACCAUAUCGUUGGAUCUAGUAGCGAUGAAUCCGAGCACAAAACUGCAAGUUCCUACCGACGCAGCAGCAACGAUUGAGGGAAGUAUUAAUCCAGUGGAUCCGCUAGCCGUCAACAAUCCGGACAUCAUUGUCGAGAACAUCCGAAACGACACCUUGAACAAUCAGCAGCACCAGCAGCAGCAGCCGAUGUCAUCGGCUACGUCGUCGACGGUCGUGAUGCCACCGUCGAUAAUGACCACAUCGCCGGUUCAUCCGGCAGGGCUGCAGCGGAAACGACAAUCGUCCACCGUAACGUACAACAUCAAUGUGAUUAACUUUAGCGAUAAUCCCGAUGAUGAUCAGAGCAGCUACCAGAUGAAUAAUCGCAGCGGCGGUGGAGGAGCGGGAGGAGGACACGGUGCUGGAGUUGGCGCCAGGUCCAACAGUUCGACGAGUGAGUACGCUGAUUCGAGUCAAAAGUACACCCGCCGGGGCGCCAUUUGCAUCGUCAUCAACAACGACAACGUGAUCCAUGCCAACGAUACGGACACGGAUUUCGACGAACAGGACGACUUGACGGCCGGUCAGGAUCGUGGGGGAGCGGACGGUGGGUACGACGGUUCACACCGUCAGUGCUGUUCCCAGGGGUACCACGAUGACGGGUCCGGUGCGGCCAACUGUCGCCACAAUAAAUUCCGUAAGAUCAAAUGCCUGUGGAACCACGUCAAGCGGUACGGUUUACGCCGGGGUCCUCUGAGGCGCCGCAAUGAGCCCAGUGAUGGCGGGCAGCGUGCUGGAGCUGCCAGCGCUGAAACCUGCAUGGACAGGCUGACCGUCCCUAGCGCCGAUGCGAAUAGUAGCCGUUGUGGCAGUGUUGGUUGUGGGGAAGGUGGAACCUCAACCCGACCGGCUAAGGGCUGGAGAGCAGAACACAAGGCGGCCAGGACGCUCGGAAUCAUCAUGGGUGUGUUUCUGCUCUGCUGGUUGCCGUUCUUUUUGUGGUACGUCAUCACAACCCUAUGCGGCGAAGAGUCCUGUCCCUGUCCGGACGUGGUCAUCACGCUUCUGUUCUGGAUUGGCUACUUCAACUCGACACUGAAUCCGCUCAUCUACGCGUACUUCAACCGGGACUUUCGGGAAGCGUUCCGGAACACGCUGCAAUCGCUACUGCCGUGCUGCAUCAAAAAGAGCCCGUACGGGGGCUACAACGCUUACUAUGUGUAGUAAUAAGCCUACUUAGGAUAGUUGUUUGGCUGACGCGUCUGUGUGUGUAUGUGUACGAGUGGAGUUUUCUCUGGAAAACAUGGUUUGCUUUGGGAUUAGUUUUGUGUGUUGUCCCUUACAAGGGAUUAGCACGUGUAUGAAAUUGGAAGUAUUUGCGACUGUUGAGGGUUUAAUUUGGUUUUGAAACUGUGGGAGAUAUUUUAUUAAACGGACGAUAUUUGGAACCGGAAGCAGAGUAAAGUUUAUUCCGAACGCUCGUUUUUAUUCGCAUUUGCUUCGAAUAUUUUUUUAGGCAAGAAAAUCUUUUCGUAUUGUGUUCGGUGCAUCAAUUUUGCCGACACGUAGGAUUAUUUUGGGGAGAUAAUGAAAAGUAAUUUAAAUCUGAUUACCAAUUCCUAUCACGAAACAAAUUUCCUGGUUUGCUUUUGAAUGUUUUUGUUUUCCGAUGUGGAAGCUUACUCGCAUCAUAGGUUUGAGCGAAAAAAUAUCCAUCAAUGGAUUAUUUAAUUCAUCACUGCACAGCAAUUGAAAAGCUUUGCAUUUGGUCAACCGACCUGUUAUCUCGGGUCUAUGCUUUUUCCGCAUGUUUGUUUCAAUAGCCCCACUUUCACUUUUUUUUUACUAUCCACUUGAGAGGGUACAAUCCCAUUUCUGGAGUGUGUACAUUUCCGCAUCGGAAACGCUCGUCUGUCAGAUUGAAGCGUUGUUGAGUUAUUCUGAUUGAAAACGUGCUCUUUGAUGAUGAGCUGGCCAACGGAAUGCGUCAAACGCGUUGGCUCUUUGUAUUGUUCAGCAGAGGGGUGCGCCAAUAUAGACAAAACUAGAAAAACUCUAGUAAGAGAACUGCGGAGAGAAAAACAGCAUUUUUGACAACGUAUGCCACGGCAUUGUAUGGCAACUCGUCCAAUGUUAUAAGGAUAGGCAAUGCUCGAUUGGAUUCGUUUUUUGACAGCUAAACGCGAAUCCAAUCGAUCCAAAAUGGAGUCUCCGCAGUUCUCUUUCUAGAGUUUUUCUAGACAAAACACCUAUUGUCCUGUUGAUUACAAUAUUGCGCACUUCCCACCAACCUGGACUCAGCACUUUCGAAGUGCGAGUGAUCAAACUGCUACUGAAAACUGCGAGCUGUCAAAUCACAUGUAACUCAAGUGAUAGAGAUGGUACUUUCAUAGACAGGCCAGUCGAACUAACCAGUCUAUGAGAAGAAUUCAAUAGAAGAAUAGUAAGUGCGUAGUGUGGUUAGAAUCCAGUUUUUAGUGCCAUAAGCAAUAUUAUUUAAGAGAUUCUGUACGAUACCGUUCAGGAUCAGUACAUUGCGAAUUUUUGACAGUCUGGAACAAUAAAUUCCAUCUGAAGUAAUUUUGAGCAAAAAAAUGCAAUCUGGAAAAUAUUAUUUGCUAAUUGAAAGAUGACUCAUUGAAAGGCCAAGUUUUAAUAAUAUAUGCGGAAUAAAAUUUGGACAAAAUUCAAAAGGCAUUUUUUCUGUAUGAAAAUCUUUAAUAAAUGUUCUCUCUAUAUACGAAAACAUUUGUCAGCUUAUUAACUUAAUUUAGAAAAAAAAACUCCUAGGAACUUUACGACAGUUUGCCGGAAUUUUUGGCAAAGCAGUCGAAAAAGUUGAUGUUGACUUUUUCUUGAUUUCUUUCAUAAUUUUUAUUAUCAGAUGUUUGAUAGUUUUAGCACAGACGUAACACUAUGAGGGAAUUCCCUCCUAUCGAUCCGGCAAUUUUCCCAGAAUACUAGCUCCACCUUUUAUUCACCGUCCCAAACACUUAUUUUCUGGUGUGUUACCCCUCAGGCUUGGGAACAAUUUUUCACUAGUGGUCUAUCCCUCAUAUGAUUGUUCAUAUGUCAGUGGCGCAACAAUUUCAAAUGUGGCAACAGUCCCAACUACAAAUAUAUUCAAAAUGACCGUUAAAGCGGGCAUUGUUUUCGAGUGUUAUGUCUGUUAGUCUGUGGUUUUUGGUCAAAAAUUAUUGGCAUAUACUCUCCACUUCAAACUAGCUCAGAAAUCCUCAAUUGGGUCAUUAAAUGCGAAAAAAAAAUCUUUUUAUUACAUACAUCGAUAAAGCUGAUGAACAAUGUUUUUUCCAACUCAGGAAACGUGAAAAUAAUAUUAAAAUUUAAAAUAAAGAAAUAUGUUGACAGUCUGGAUUUGACACUAUAAGAAGCAUUUGACAUAUCGAAUUUCACGACAAAUGAUGCCCUGUCAGAAAAAAAUUAAUACAUGCUUUCCCGGUUUUUCCGCACGGUUUUUUUCAUUUGACAUAAACACCAUGCAAUGCAUAGUUUUUUUUCAUUUUGGGUGUUGUCUUGAUAGGCCAGAUGUAAACAACCGCAGUUUUCCUAUGUAUGGUUGCCAAGUUUACAUAAGAUUUUAUUUAAAACAAAAAAAAUCGUUUUUACGUAUUACAACGAAAUUUUUUUUUAAAUGAUGUUAUAUUAUGUAUAUUGGACCUAAAAUUUAUCGAAUGGAACGGAAAACUAUAUAUAGCUUAAUGACCUAAUUGGACGCAGUUGUGGAUCAUUUGGAGGGUUACCAGCUUUUUGUACAAAAGGUACGCCAUAAUACUGUAUUGCGUUCAUUUUUUUGCGUAAUAUCUAGGUGCCAGAUUAGAGGUUUGCUGCCAUUUUGUUUACACGGUAGGGUAAAGUGCCUAUUUUCACCAUACUAAGCAGGGUGCCUCACUAAUUCAUUAAUUUCUCGGCCUCCAAUCAAUGGAAUGCGAAAGAAUUGACAUCAACAGCUUUGCUUCGUUGUUAAGAACCAAUAUAUUAACACAAAUGCGCUGAAAACAGUGAAAUUCCCGUGUUUGAGCGCAACGAAAACCCGAAUCGAGUGCCCCUAUUGUUGCGCUACCAUAUGACUCAAUGCGUUGAACAAAGAUGGCAGACACUGCUCUAACCAACGGCUUCCAUUGAAUAGGGUGAUAAUAGAAACAUGGCGAAAAUGGGCUCAACACCCUAUCUCCUCGCGGGUUGAAAUCAACACUGGAUGUUUAAAAUAUAGAGUUCUAUGCAAAUGAUUUCACUCACACUACUUGGGGGUUUGUUUUCCUCCAGCUGUCAUAUGUUAAACUGUCAGUCAAUUUAAACGUUUGCUGUUUAAAUGCUCUGUGUCACUGUGAAACUUAUUCUGGAGAUUACAAUACCGGUUGGGUUAGAUCCACCAUGCAAAUAAUCCGGUCGAAAAGCUUUUUUUCGAUUUGUUUUCCUCCACCUAUCAAAAAUUAUGACAGGUGGAGGAAAACAAAUCAUUGAACACACUAAUACUACUGUUACAGAUUGUCAAGUACUCUAUGGGCAAUGUCGUAAAUACAAAUCUGGCGAAGAUGGCACUUUGGUAUUCGUAAGAUGAACCUUACAUGAGUUGUGUGAGUGAUCACAGUAUAAAUCUACUUGCGUUCGUCAUACCGGUCGUUCCGCUUCCAUUUAAUCCUGUGACCGCUAUGACGUCGACCCGUUGUGCUUCAGGAUUGUUUACAUAUUUUUGGUUGCCAACACUAGCAAACCGUGUGUUCUCCCAGUCAAAAAGGGCAAGUUGCUGGCUAAGGGGGGGGGGGGGGCUAUUUGCCAACUCGGAUGCGCUAAUUGCCCUUCAAUUUGUGAGCAAAUUGCUGGCAAUUGGGGGGCUAUUUCAAAUGCAACAUUUGGGCGAUUCGCCGCCGUCAUUUUUUUGCCGCCCAGCCUGCCCUUAAAUCGCCCCCAAAUCGCCCACGGAACGCGCCAUUUAAUCGCCCUUAGUUGCCUAAUAUGAAAAUUAAAAAUAAUGCUUAUUUAUGGAUUCAUUAUCUACUCACAUAUACUUACCAGUAUACUAGGUAAUCACCACCAAAUUAUAGGAAGAAUUAAUGGUGAAAUUGGUAUUGCACUCCAAAACUUACCACAAUCUGAUGUUCAUUAAGAUUUUAGGUCAGAGAUCUUGUUCCGCUAUACUUACACACUAUUUUUACUUGGGGAGACGACCGGAAUAUGAUUUAUAGGAUUUUCGGCCUUUGCGGUCUGAUUAAUCAGAACGGGUGAUUUAUACUGCCCGACGUUUCGGCCACUGGUUAUGGCCUUUUUCAAGGGAAACUGUAAUUUAUUCACGGUUACAAAUAACAUAUUUAAAAAACGGAAAUACAAUUUGUUACUCACUACUUUAUCGUUCUUCGUUUGAGCGUCGUUUGCCGACGAUCGGAGGUUUUUUUAAAAAAGCUUCAAAUAUGCCGUUACUAAGCAAUUGCAUGAAAGUUAGUGGGUUGAAAUUGAAAUAAAUUAAUAUUAUUUUGCUAAACUUACUGGUGGGUAGAAUUGUUCAGUUUUCCCAUCACCCUUUUUUAAUCACUGUGCACGACUCAAAGACACUUUAGAAGAUGGUUGGGGCAAUGUGAGAUGGUAAUGAGUGUGAGAUCAAUUUUGACUGAGUACGUUUAGGAGUGGGCAGUGAGAUGACGGCUUGUCUGUGUGUUGUCUCUGCAAUCUGACGGAUUGUGAGGCUUUGGCUGUGUGGAGUAUUCCAGCGUUGAUAGUACUCAAGCCAUCUACAUCUCUGCGGUAGUUUACGGUGUUGGAUGUGUUGGUAAUAUGACACAUCUCCAAUAUUGGUAGAGCCGUAGUUCGAUAGCUACGAUCAAUAAUUUUUGUUUUGGUCAGAUCGAAGUUAUGUUGUUGCUGUAUGAUGUGAUCAAUGAGGGCUGUUUUUUCGCCUGAGUGUGUUGUUGGAAUAUUUGUCGUGUCGAAUCCUAUGUUGAAUAUUUUGUUGAUGUUGGAUUUGUGUCCAUUGAGCCGUAUUUUUAACGGGAUUAAUCAGACCGCAAAAGCCGAAAAUCCUAUAUAACUUACACACUAUUCCACAAUUUCCCACAUUCGUUGGCUAAAUGAAGUGCACUAGACAAACAAAGUACAAGGGAGAACACACGAAUUGUUCAAAAAACAAUUUCAAGCUUAAGUUUGAAAAACACGAAAAACAACCAAGUCCAUUUCAGCCGCCAGAAAAUUUGUCUAAGUAUUGAAAUUGCCUUUAAAUCGCAUUCGCAAAUUGCAUUUGUUCCGAGGGGCAAUUAGCACAGGCGAGUUGAGUCAAACGUCAAACUUUUUAGAUCGCCUGACCAUGUUCGUCCGCAUUUUUUUUUGACAGGGCUGCUACACCUAUAUCCCAGUCAAAAAGGGCAAGUUGCUGGUUAACGGGGGGCUAUUUGCCAACUCGAAUGCGCUAAUUGCCCUUCAAUUUGCCAGCAAAUUGCUGGCAAUUAGGGGGCAAUUUCAAAUGCAACAUUUGGGCAAUUUGCCGCCGUCAUUUUUUGCCGCCCAACCCGCCCUUAUAUCGCCCACGGAACGCGCCAUUUAAUCGCCCUUAAUUGCCUAAUUUGAAAAUUAAAAAUAAUACUUAUUUUAGGAUUCAUUAUCUACUCACAUAUACUUACCAGUAUACUACACUCAAAAAAAAGUAAACGUUAUGCCUAUUGAUUUUACACAUAGAUUUUUGCAAUUAACGGAGGCAUAUAGACACUAUUUGCUGGCACAUAAACCUAAUGUGUGUAUUUACAAGAAAUAUUAAUCUUACAUUCACAUUUCAUAACUAUUAGACACAUAAAACCCCACUCUAUAACAAUAUGCACAUAUAACUUAUGUGUGUGCAUACAUAGUUUAUACAGUUGACACAUUGAAGCUAUGUGUGCGCGUGAUAACAAUAGCAUUUCUUCUUCAUAUGAAUUUUAAGCGGUUUGAAGCAAAUAGAAUUAACGUUUGGAUUUUUUUCAGUGUAGGUAAUCACCACCAAAUUAUAGGAAGAAUAAAUGGUGAAAUGGGUAUUGUACUCCAAAACUUACCACAAUCUGACGUUCACUAAGACUCUCGGUCAGAGAUCCUGUUUCACUAUACUUACACACGAUUCCACAAUUUCCCACAUUCGUUGGCUAAAUGAAGUGCACUAGAUAAACAAAGUACAAGGGAGAACACACCAAUUGAUCAAAAAACAAUUUUUAGCUUAAGCCAAACAUGAACCGCCAUAUUUGAAAAACGCGAAAAACAACCAAGUUCAUUUCAGCCGCCAGAAAGUUUGUCUAAGUAUUGAAAUUGCCUUUAAAUCGCAUUCGCAAAUUGCAUUUGUUCCUAGGGGCAAUUAGCACAGGCGAGUUGAGUCAAACGUCAAACUUUUUAAAUCGCCUGACCAUGCACGUCCGCAUUUUUUUUGACAGGGAUAUACCUCAUUGCUCUAUUCGUGAUCUAACGCUGGAUGUCGACCGCCAGAUGGCACGGGAGUGCAAUGAUGAUGUUUUUAUGGUUUUAUGGCAUCUGUCAAAACACAUUGGAAAGUAAAUUCUGAAUUUUAUAAAUUCAAUCAAUAUUAUAAUUAAAUGUUAUUUCUUCUAAUGAAAAGUAAUAUUGAUGAAGAAAAUAUGUUUCCUACCUCUGAAAAAUAUCCAGAUGGUAAAUUUCUUGUUACAUCACUAAGAAUUCGUUCAUCCGGUUUCAAUUUAUACUAAAAUGAAAUUCAGAUAUUGAAAUUUCGAUAGAAAACACGAUGGUGAGCAAAAAUCACUGGAUUAAAGAGUGCAGGUGUUGACAGUAGAGGUUAUCCACCGAUAAAUUCCAAUUCUAGCCAAACAUUUUCCAUAUCUAAAACAACCAAUCUAACCUCUACAAUACAAAAAUAAUUCCGGAUCUCAAUAAUUCGCAAUAAAAUAUUGAGUUCAACUGAAUAUUUUGAUGUCAAACGAAAGAACGAGUGUUUUCUUAUCAUCUGUAAUCAAACUUUUGGUGAAACUAUGUGAUAUUUAUUUUAAAACAAUUAAAAUAGAAGAACCAUCCUAUAUCAUAAAUGCAAGAAAAUAUUUUCAUCAUCAUUAUUUGAUUGGUACCAAAAAUGAAAUCUAGUUGGCGCAUCGAGCGAAAAAGUUUCACGUUUGAGAGCCAAUAGAGUUCUAUGCAAACGAUUUCACUCACACUACUUGGAGGUUUGUUUUCCUCCAGCAGUCAUAUAUAAAACUGUCAGCCAAUUUAAACAUUUGAAUUAGCUCUCGUAAAGUAUUUAUAAUAGUGUUGAAAUGCUCUAUGUCGCUGUAAAACUUAUUCGGGGGACGUACAAUUCCGGUUGGUCAUAUUCCAUCAUGAAAAUAAUCCGACCGAAAAGUUAUUUUCGAUUUGUUUUUCUCCAUCUAUGACAGGUGGAGGAAAACAAACCGUUGAACACACUAAUACAGUUACAGAUUGUCAAGUACUUUAUGGGUGCCUAGAGUAUGACGUUUAGUAUGGUGCCUUGUGCAGGGUUGCAUUUUUGUUUAAAUGCUGGAAGGGUUGUCCAAAUUACUCUGCAUACGUUAGUUCGCAUUUUUCAAUGUUUCGAUUAUGUUAUCCUCAGUCAAAUCAAAAACUUCUGACCUACGGUACGUGUUUGUGAUUUUUGGAUUAGGUGUCCAGCUAACGGCCUAGUCGAUCUGUCAGUUACAGAGGGGAAAUAUUUGAAGCACAAAAAUCAACCAGAUAGACUUUAAAGCGUCUACUCAGCGUUGUACAGAGAUGCGCGAAAACCAAAACUAAAAGUUUCAAUCGUAUAGAAAACGACGGUUUUAAUCGUGUAUUGUGAACAAAUAUGGCGGAUUAAGGUUGGAAUUGAAUUCAAUGCAAACUUAUUUAACUAUUUAAUCAAAAUCAAAAUAUUUAAUUCAGUCAAAUAAAAAGUCACCCAAAGUGUACACAAAAUUGCCGGUUGCCAAAACUGACCGACAAAAUAUAACUUAGUAAACCGUGCAGUCAGAUUUUUACACUAUCGUUUUUGUUUUAACUCUAGAACGUUGCACUGGGGUACAAAUGUACCCCGCGCCUUCUUUGGAGCCAUGUAAAGACGAGAAUUCGGCAUUUUCUGACCUGGGACCCUAACCAAAAUUCGAUUUAGAGUUCCUAGUAAGAGUAGAAAAAGGUGGUAUAGCUAGGGGCAGUUACCUUGUGAUGCAUUUUUAAAAAUCAGCGAAAUUAAAUGCAUUUCUUUCCAUCAAAAUAGAAGACGUCAAAACCCUACAAAAAACAGCCCUACAUUCAACAAAACAUCGAACAAAGUGGAUCAGCGUAGGACGAUUGUUAACUAAUCUUUUCUGCGAGGGAGUGCAAAGUUGGUGCAAAAAUGGAAAUCAAAUGCAUUCUUUCUAAGAUGAUGCAAAUUUGCUAUACAUUCCUAGAGUGAUCUGCCCCUAGUAGUAUAGCCAGUUUGCUUAUAGGCUUCGUAGAAGCAGGUGUCAAAGUUGGCGUGGGGUACAUUUGUACCCCAGUGCACAGUUGCCGUUGGCGUUUCGUGCUGUCAGUGGAAAUGUGAUUCGUGACAAUACCAGUUUUUAACUGAUUGUUUUACUACGUAAGUAACAUUCAGCAUUAUAUAAUCAUUUUUAAUCAUUUAUUCAAUUUAUUUAAUUUGAUUUCGAAGCGGAGCAAAAAAUCGUUCUCAAUUUUACUGAUUUUUAUUGUUGUAUUGUUUAUUUUUUUAUAGUUUUUCAAAGCAAUGGCUCGUAAGUAUACCUUGCGCACAAUUACUGCUGUGACGGAAACGUUGCGUGUUACCAAUGUAUUACUGGCCAGAAAUAUUUUUUCAUUUCAAUUUCACCCCAUUUCGUGGCAUUUUCUAAAACCCGAUUUUUUAACUUUCACUCUUCCAAAUAAUUAAACUUUUUUAAAACUAUCGAAAUUUCAUUUUAUUGCGUUUCUAGACCAUUCUUUCAACUUUUAGAAUCAUUUGAUUUUUUCAAAUCGGUUGAAAACUCGCAAAGUUGUAGUAAUGUUUAUGAAAAAAGUCAAAACCGCGAUUUAUUCAGUUUUUAUUUUGUUCAAGCCAAUUUAUGUAUCAUUGAUUCAAUAAAUUUCGUACUUUCACUUGCACAGCUGUUUUCGCAAUUAAAAACGAUGAUAAUAAUGUAUUAUACAUUUCCUUUGUUUGCAAGUUUGCCUGCGAAAAUUGCGAUCAAACGCUUGGGGUAUAUUUUUACCCCAGUGCAACGUUCUAAGGUGGAAAACGCAAGUGCAACGUUCUAGGGUUAAUCUACUGACAUUCUAUUAGAAAAAAAUGAUUUAAGGUACCCUCCUACCUCUCUACUAAAACUCUAGCUCUGCUUCCGGUCCCCCCGAAAUCCGAUCAGUUGGGUGCAGUAUGUGAAAAUCAGAAUAUUGUUGGCAGUCAAGCUAAAAUAAAACAGUCGUCCCACUCCCUCUCGAUGCUCGGGAAUGUUCAAAUAUUUUCAAAUCGUAACAAGUUUCCAGUGUGUUUGUUCAUUGACUGCAUCCUUGCGGGGGUCUCGUACACGUAUGCCGGAGCUGCAAUGUCAACGUUUAGGUAUCGAGUGUAAACUCAAAUAGCAAAAAAUCACUGAAAUGGGAUCGAUAUAAACAGAAAAUAAAAAGUGUGUUCAAUAGAGGCUAACAAUGCCGAUGAGUGUUACCGUUGUAGAUAUCGAUCGAUUUUACGAGUCAAGCUCGUUCAUUCCCACGAAGUGACGAGCCGAUAUCAAUCAGAGAGAAAGAGUGAAUAUAUUUAAUAUAUUUAGAAAUAAACGAAAGCGCAUCCUUUCGCUAUUAGCUAUAUGAUGUAAAAUAAAAGAAAACAACCUGAACCGCCACGUAGAGCAAUCAAGCAAUCAAACCAUGCACCAUCCCUCGUGAGUUGUGACAAGAGCCUGUUCAGAGUGGCGCCAAAUCAUGACUGUCACCCUAAUGGAUUAAGUUUGUACAAAGCCCUUGGAAACGUUUAGUUUAGUAGUGAAGCAACACAGUAAACCCAGAUGAAAGGGCCAGUUUCCUAGUCGUAGUAGAAGUAGUAGUAGCAGUAGUAAUACUCAUAGAGGUAGCUAAGUACCACAUAGUCAUAAAACGGCAAACACAACAUACAAGUCGAACUCGUUGAAUGUAGCAAUAAAUAGUUGUUAUAUCGGACAAUUGUUAAUAGUUAAGGUAAGAUAUAGAAAAAGAAAUUGAAAACGAUCAACUAAAGAGAGUGUGUGUUUUAAGAAACCAUGACGGAUGCAACAUAACAUACCAAAUGAUAUUAGUUGUGCUAGUAUAAGAACAAACAAAAACCAAAAAAUGAAACGAAUCAAAGUAGAGCAAUCGUCGUAAAGAAGAAUAAGAAAAUUUCAUUAAUGUCAGAGUAUCGUAUAUGGCUUUGAUCUGAGCAUUGUUUAUUUUAUUUAUUUGUUCCAAUU